CGCCUCGUCGCCUCGCCGGCCGGCCCGCCUCCGGCGAUAAGCGCCGCCGCCGCCUUCUCCGGUCCCACCUCCCCCGCAGGUCGCGGCACCCGGUGGGGGAAUGGCUUCGGCGGUGGAGCGGAGGGAGCAUUCCCGGAGGUCGGGGCGCUCGAGGUCGCGCUCCCCGGCGAGGGACCGGGGCUCGCCGCAGCGGAGGAGGAGCCCGCCUUCACGGAGGGAGAGGUCGCCGGUUUCGAGGGGUGGCUCGCCUAGGGGGAGGUCUCCUGUUAAGAGUAGGGAGAGGUCGCCGGCUCCGAGGAGUGACUCAGCUAGGAGGAGGUCUCCUGUUAAGGCUAGCUCGUAUAGGGAGAGGUCACCGCAUACAGAGAAGGUGAAGGAGAGGGUUAGGUCACCGAAGCAUGCUAGGCCACCGACACGGUCUCCAUCACCUGCUAGGAAACGGGAGUCCCGGUCACCCUCGCCGAGGACCAAACGGCUGAGAAGAGCUCAGGGUGAGCGUGAAGGGGCAGAUGGUACUGAGGGUGACCACCGGAAGACCACCACUAGGGAAGAGCGGGACUCGGGGAGGAACAGGGUGCGCGAUGAGGAAAAAGAUGUGUCAAGGGAUAGAAAGAUGGAGAGGGAAGAUAGCAGGGGUUCUUUCAAGGACAGGAAACUGGAUCGUGAUGAUGAAAGGGAUCAUUUAAGGGAUAGAAGGUCUGAUCGGUCUGAUGCUUCAAGAGAGACAAGGUCAACCCGAGAUGAUGAAAGGCGUGAUUCAAGGGGUAGAAGGUCUGAUGGGGAUGAUCGAAAAGGAAUUUCAAGGGAGCAAAGGGAAGAUCAUGAUGAUAGAAGGGAUGCACGAGAGAGAAGGACAGACCGGGAUGAGAACAAUGGUGAAUUUGGAAGACCAUCUAGGCAUGGGCGAUCAGUAUCUCCAGAAGAGCAUAGGCAUAGGGGUAGACAUGAAUCCCGCCAAUCACCAAGGUCAUCCAGAAGUGCAGCACGUGGUGAGGAUACAAGCUCUAUAUCAGAGGUAGCAUCACGGAGUGGUGAUCCUGAUUCUUUGGUGAAGAUGAAUGCUGCUGCAGAUGCUCUAGAAGCAAAAGAAAAGCAAAAACCAUCAUUUGAACUGUCUGGAAAGCUUGCUGAGGAGACUAACAGAGUUGCAGGUGUCAAUCUGUUACAUUCAGAACCUCCAGAGGCUCGCAAGUCAGAUAUUAGAUGGCGACUCUAUGUCUUCAAGGGUGGUGAACCACUCAAUGAACCAUUAUAUGUUCACCGGAUGAGCAGCUACCUUUUUGGAAGGGAGCGGAAAGUUGCAGACAUCCCCACAGAUCAUCCUUCCUGCAGCAAGCAACAUGCAGUUCUUCAAUAUAGACUUGUAGAGAAGGAGCAGCCAGAUGGCAUGAUGUCUAAGCAAGUGAGGCCUUAUCUAAUGGAUCUUGGUAGUACCAAUGGAACUUUCAUUAAUGACAAUCGUAUUGAGCCCAGCCGUUACUAUGAACUCUUUGAAAAGGAUACCAUUAAGUUUGGCAAUAGUAGCCGGGAGUAUGUUUUGCUUCAUGAAAACUCGAAAGACUGAGUAUGAAAUUGCUGGAAACCUUGCUACAUUGUUAGAGAUUUUGACAUCCCUAUGGUGCUUCCUGUUUGUAAUAUGGUUGCAUUCGCUGAAUGUUUCACCUAGCUCAUGGAUAACCACUUCAUAUGGCUGAAGGAACAUAGCAGAGGGUAUCUCAAGUUGCAUAUUUAUAGGAUUCUAGAGCCUAGAUAAAUUCUAGAGCCUAGACUUGUUUUAUUCAGUGGGUGAUCCAGUACCUCUACUGAAUUCAUAUUGUUUGUCAAAAUGUCACACUUGUCUUGUCAUAUCAUCACAAUUAUGAAUCGGCAGUUUGUGGCUAGUGAAAUGUAGUCACUCUUAAACUAUUCGAAGUCUAGGAAUCUUGAUACGAGAUGAGCAAUAAUCUAGAGCCAAUCAGCUCUGUUGACUCCAAUUUUAUCACUCUAC